UACAUUCACAUUGCAAAGAGAAUGCUGGAAACAUCCCACAGAGGAACUCCUACAAUGAUCUGAAUAGACUUUGCACAUGGGUAGAUGAAAUAAAAACUGAAGAUUAUAUUAAGUUUAACAGAAUAAUUAAAAUGGCAAGGAUUAAUAUAACCUUUGGAGAGAGAAUCAAAUCAACAACCUGAAAUGUGAGGUUUGGUUCUCUCCCCACACAUGCUAUCUGAUCUACUGUAUUGAGCUUUUCCGGCAUCUUCAGAUUGAAAUUAAGCAUAUUCAAACUGGUGAGAGCCUUUGAAAGAGUAUAUAUAGUGAGAAAACUCAAACAGCAAAAUGGAGCAUCAAUAAUGCUCCACAUUCCAACAUCUGCAUCUUUUCUGGCUCCAAACACUAAUAUGGAUUUGGUAUCUAUUGUGGAUUACAGUCAAAUGUUGAAAUCUGGGACCCUCUACGUGAAAGCAGGAAUGAGAAUAGCAUUCUCAUUCCUGAGGAUGAAGAAUUUAUUCAAUUUUUAAUGUCUAAACGUCAACCAUUUAACAAUUCCGUGGAUGCAUACGCUGUAAAAGCGUGUACAAGUGCUAGCGAGCCUGUUCCAAAGUUGCACUGGGCAGUUAACAGAAGGAACAAAUCCAGCUAGAGAGGAAACUUCGCCGCAUCAGCCCCGUGCUCUGUUGCUGCAGCUCCCGACUGAGCACUGAUCUAAGCUGUUCGGCCACCUUGCCGCAGCGCUGUUAACACGUAAAGGCCGCAGUUUUUGGAAAGGUUGUCAAGAAGGCUGAUCUAAUACAUAAAAAUAUGGUGCACCAACUGCAGGCAGAGAGAGCUGCACUGGCUCUGAGUAAAAGCCCUUUUAUUGUACAUUUGUAUUACUCGCUGCAGUCUGCCAAUAAUGUUUAUUUGGUCAUGGAGUAUCUCAUAGGUGGGGAUGUCAAAUCUCUACUUCACAUUUAUGGCUAUUUUGAUGAAGACAUGGCUGUAACGUACAUCUCUGAGGUUGCUGUAGCAUUGGAUUAUUUACACAGACAUGGAAUUAUUCACAGAGAUCUGAAACCAGACAACAUGUUAAUCUCCAACAAAGGGCACAUCAAAUUAACGGACUUUGGUCUCUCCAGGGUUACUUUGAACAGAGAAAUAAACAUGAUGGAUAUUCUGAACACACCUUCCAUGAUAAAUCCAAAACUAGACUACUACCGUACUCCAGGCCAGAUCUUAUCUCUCAUUAGUUCUCUGGGCUUUAACACACCAGCGGAAGGAAAGGCCAAAGAUGCAUCAUCACUGAUGAGCCCCAUGGUGUGUAGCAAUGCCAGUGUUUCCCUUGGGUUACUUUGUUCUCCUCUGCCACAGAGUGCUGAAGGAUGUAAAAAAGGGCUUGCAAUUAAAGGUGCCGAUAGCUCAUCGUGCAGUCCAAGCUUGCCAGUAAAAUACCUGACUCCAGACUUUGCACAGAUAAAUACAAAGGUUGGAGCAUCCAGUACCAGCAGUCAAUCACGCCUGUUUCUCUCCAGCACAGAGUCAGGAUGUUUAAAGAGUCCACUGUGGGAGAAAGAACUCCAGGGGAAAGAAGUUGGCGAGCCUGGUUUGAGAGUGAUUACAAAUAAUGGAACAUCAGUUACAGAUAGCUCAUUUCGGAAGGAUGAUGUCCAUCAUAAAGGCAGUCUUGAUAUGAGUGUCUCUCUGGUUGAAAAUGAGAAGAGUCCAGGAAGGAGGCUAGAUGGAGAGAUUCGGGCUACUCCUCUUAACAAUGCAGUAAAGGGUGUUGUCAAAAAAUGCCUUUAUAAAAGUGUGGCGAAGGAAGAAGAAAAGGUUACCUCACCCACAGCUGAAAUGAUCAAAACCUCACUCAACAGACUUGGUACUUACAGCUCUUCGCCUACUUGGGGAAGUGAAGUAAUGGAAAGCUCUGUGAAUUUUGGGCGAGGCCUUUGCCACAAAUCAACAUCAGAAGGGACUGUUCCAUCUGAAAGUUUGCCUCCCCAAAGCUGCUUGAUGGAUAUUUCAUCAACUGCUUCUCAAGACUUUUAUGGGAAUGAAUUCCAUGAGGAAAUCAGUGAUAAACCAAACAAGUCAAAGAGGCCAUUUGAUCAGGUGGAUCAUAGCCCAUUUUCAGUUGGUACCUGGAGAAAGAAGACAAAUUCAGAAUAUAAUCGUGGAUAUGAGAUUCCAGAAUUCCAACCAAUUGCUCACACAGGUUUAACCGGGGAAAUAGAUGCAUUGGGAUUAGACUCUGGAAUAUGUAACUGCAAAAGCCCCAUUGUGGAUAAUGAGUGCUUUGAAGGGAAUGGCAGUAACUUUGAAAGAACAUCUGAGAUUGCAUCUGUCACUUCCCUAGCCAAAAACUUGAUGACUGAGCUAGAUGAGCAAUGUGAAAAGGAAAACUGUAAAGAUGAUCUUAAUUGCAGUUUUCAGAUUGAUGACAAUGAUAAGAGUCUACAGAGAAAUCUAAGUUCGUAUUCAGCAUCUUCUGCUCAAGAUGAAUCUUUCUCAGACGUACUUAAUGAGAAACCAUUAAAUAUAUGCACAAAAGAUUCUUCAUUUGAAGGGGCCACAGCUAAGGACCAUGGUUCUCCUCAGUCUUGUCUCCUGCAUAAGAUACUGCCUCACAGUGCACCAAAGCGUCAUUGUACAGUUGGUGACAAUAACAAGUGCAUCAACCACUCAGCAGAAACCUGCUUUGAUCUUUACCCUUCAUUCCUGGUCAAACCUCUGGCUUCAAACCAAAAGAAGCCUAAUGUUAUAUUCCGAAGUUAUUGUAGUCCAAUAUAUGAAUGUGAUUUAUCUGUAAAAUCCAGAAUGAGUAUGGAGUCUGUUGAAAAAAUGGAUAUAUCCCUUUGCACUGGGAGUUACCCACAAGCUGUGACACCCCUGCCAAGAAUCCAAUCGUACAAACUAACUGGAUCUUUUCAGACUCCACUCCCUGCCAUUAUGCAAACUCCUUAUAGAACUCCAAAAAGUGUGCGGAGGGGUCCAGCUCCAGCAGAGUGGGAUAGAAUUCUGGGAACACCAGAUUACUUGGCCCCUGAGCUUCUGCUGAGAAUGCCACAUGGUCCUGCAGUGGAUUGGUGGGCCCUUGGAGUCUGCUUGUUUGAGUUUCUGACGGGCAUUCCACCCUUCAAUGAUGAAACACCUCAACAAGUCUUUCAGAAUAUCUUGAACAGAGAUAUACCUUGGCCAGAAGGUGAAGAACAGUUGUCUAAAGAUUCCCAAAAUGCAAUUGAGAUUCUACUGACCAUUGAGUGUUUCAAAAGAGCUGGAUUAAAAGAACUUAAGAAGCAUCUUCUUUUCCACAAUGUGGACUGGGACAAUUUGCAGAAUUGCUCAAUGCCCUUUGUACCACAGCCUGAUGAUGAAACAGAUACUACAUAUUUUGAAGCCAGGAAUAAUGCUCAACACCUUACAGUUUCAGGGUUCAGUUUGUAAAAAUUGGCUGAACUUAGAUAACAUGUUGGAUUGAGACAGAAAUGCACUUGUUUUAAUGUACAGUACUAAACUCAAUACUUAAGUAAUUGUAUUGAUUCCAUAAUAGGAAAGUUUCUUGUUGCAUUUGUCAUUUAAAUUUUCAAAAUUCUCAUUCAAAAUUAUCCAGAUUUUUUUCAUUUUGUUUAAAAAUUUGUUUAGUACUAGUUUAUAUUUUCAUUGAAUUUUUCAGUUUAUUCCUUAACAUUUAUUCAAAGCAAUUUUCAUAGAAUUUUGUAACUUUGAUUAUUGCAAACCAGGUCAAACUGCAAGACAUACAAUUCCUCCCUAAAAUUUUUCCCCAGUAGAAGUCUUCCUAACCAAACCAGCCACCUCCCCCCAAUCUUGCUAAAUGCACUUUAUUCCUAUAGGUCUGACAACUAAAAUGUUGCUAAUUUUAAAUACAACAAUGUAGUUGAUUUUCAUUUUGUUUGUAUGGGUAUGUCCUAAAUGUAUGUAUGUUUUUACUUGCCUGUGCCUCUGGUGAAAUUGAAAUUAUUGUCAAGAGGCAGUUAUUUACAGGACAGUCACCUAUCAGUAAUCCCUCUGAAUAAAUGAUAAAGGUUGGAGUAAACUGCUCCAUUACUUGGUCUGGGGCUUCUUAAAUCAGAAUUAAAGCUGCUAAUUUCUUCAUUCUAAAUGGAUUUUUUUUGUCUUGUUAGCUGCUUUAAAGAAACCUUUUUUCAAAGUUUCUGUAUGGUGCCUUUUAGCCUAUAGAGAUCAUAAAAUGUAAGCUUGAAUGCUUCAUGACCAAUUAACUCAAUUAAGAACUUGCAGGUUAGCAACUGCUUUCCCCCAAUUACUGAAAAACCUGCAUAAUCAAAUAUGUCAUGUUUUAACAGCACACAGCAUUCUACUUCAAUGCACUUUGUUUAAUAGUAGAUUCUGUAAUCUAUGUGGUGAUUUUAAAUAAACAAAACUUGUGGGUGUUACUAGCAUUUCUAUAAUAGAGGAGCAAACUUAAAAUGCAGGUGUUUGAACAUUUACCUUUCCAUACAUAGUUCUUCCACUGGAGUACUUUGUUCUUGCUGUAUGCUAUGCAAUGAACUGGAUAUAUAUUUUGGAUUUUUUAAAAGAAUGUUCAAAUGACAGGAGUGGAAAAAGAAAAUGAGAAAUUCUUCCAAGGGCAUUUAUAAACAUGUUAAAGAUCCUCAACAGUGGUUUACUAAUGCUUUAAACAUACAUUAGAUUUAAUAAAUGCCACAUUUGUUAUAACCAAGUGUAAUUACAUUAGCCAGCACUAAUUUGCCUAAUCUCCCUCUGGUGCUUCCACCACCCUUUUCUCCUGAGGCCUCCCUGAUCCUUUCCCUUCUCCAGCUCUGUAUCACUUUCGCCAAUCACCUUUCCAGCUCUUAGCUUCAUCCCACCCCCUCUAUCACCACCUCAUUCUCCUGAAUGAACUGUACACUAAGAAAGAAAGAGAAACUUGACAAGGACAAGUGCCUAACCUCCACCACUCCUUGCAGAAGUCUCGAGUUAGCCUCUGUUCUGCUCAAGCCUAACUUUUAAUUGGCAAAAGUGCCUAAUAACCCAAAUAUAUCAAGAAUAACAGAAAGUCCUGAUAAGCCUGCUGGCUUUUUAAAACUGGCACUUAAAGCUACAAGUAACCGUCUCCAUCUGUCCUUGGUAAAGGAUAGAUGAUUAUAAAAUGGAAGCUGUGUAGGUUUAACUGACUAAUAUCUGGAGUGAGCUUAUUGUCUAGAUGGAAGUUUGGACAAGUUAGACUAGUAGCCAAUUAAAAAUCAAAACUGGGUAGAGGUGGAGAGAAUAUUUAUUGAAGUGUGGUAAUUUAGAACAAUUUUCACUUCACAUUUCUUUAAUGGGUCAACCUUCAAUUUUAAUUCUUCACACCAACAGAACUCUCCCUCAAAAUAGUGAUAGCAGAUUCUUUAAAUACUAAAGCAGAGGUAGAGAAUUUUGGUUAACAGAAUGAAGGGUUUCUAGGGGUAGACUGGAAUGUGGAAUUGAGAUUGCAAUCAGAUCAGCCUUAUUUCUCCAUUUCCCAAAACAGUUUUAACCAGAUAUCGUCCUCUCUGAACUAAUCUACACAAGGGGUCUCAUUUUCUCAUCUGUUAAUUAUUCAUUGGGAACAAUUUGAAGUCACUACAUCAAUCUUACUUCUUCCACACUUCUAUUGAUACUCUCAAAGCUGGAUCAUCAGAUUGCUUUGGUAAGACUUUACAGCCCAACAUCAUACUCUUAAAAUCUAUACUUCUCCCAAGAUUCUAUCCCAGAUUCAGCCAAAUGUAAACAAUCCACUUUCAGUCCUACAAUGGCAAUGUUUUUGUCUGCUUCCUUUAUUUUUAAAAACCAUGACCAAAUCAUAGUGUGGACUGCCACCAAUCUACCACUGUAAGACACAUAUGGUUAUAUUUUUGAAUUCAAGUUUACUUAUAGUUCACCUAAUUCCAGUUACCUUUACAGAAGCCAAAUUAUUCUGGUUCCUGGUCCCUGCAACUAAAUUAAGAUUGUUAUCAUGUUGAAAUUCUUUUAAAUCACUCCCUACCUCAAAUUUUUGCAUGGUAAUUAAGUUAAAUUAUUUCAUCACACUG